AUGCGGGAGGCGUUCAAUCUCUUUCACACCACUGACCAGAGUAGUAUGAUCGACCCAGAGGAGCUGAAGGCCGCCAUGUACAGUCUAGGAUUUGAAACGCAGCAUCCUACUGUCUACGAGGUGGCUGUUGAUUUCGAAGAGUUCCUGGACAAUACUGCCGACAAGCUGACGAGGCAAGGAGUCCCGCAUGAAGGGGAUAAUGAGGUUGUUCAAUCUCUUUGA